AAACUGAUUAUAAAAAAAUUGAAGGUUUGGACGGCGGGAGGGUUUGCGCAGGUCUGUUUCUCCUACUAUUGUUCGUUGUAUCUCGGUUAGCACGUGAUACACACACAACGAUGUUGCUUUAAACGCCGAGAGCGUUAGUUCAGUUAGGUAUUGCGAAGUAAGUACCCAAUUAUUUAUAUUUGCAUGUUUAAAUCUAUAUUUUUGUCACGAAAUUAACAGCUUUAUUUCGAACCCUGACUUGUUAUUUUUUGUUAGUGCAUUUUUAGGAAGUUUUGCGAAUGUAUAUAAGCAUUAUAAUCAAAGAUAGAAUGUUACAAACGCGAAAUGUACAGUGUGUCUUUUUUGUUUGACUUUAUUUUGGGGAGGGUAUGGACAAGUAUCCAAAGGCUCCCACGUCUGUCUGUACUCUAUGUCCAAUACCUUCUCAUCUUCGUAACAAAAGAAAUCAAAACUGAAUCGUUACUUUAUUUUCAGAAAAAUAAAUAUACGUAUUUAACGUAUAUAAUGCCUCGAAAAUAUGAAAGUGGAAGGGAAAGAUUAUUAUUGCAAAGGUAAUAGUAUAUUGUUAUUUUAACUUUGCCCCCUCACACGUCAAAUAAAUUACAAUCGUUAGAUUGGGCAUCAGGUGGCUCCUUUUAAAUGCUCUUUCAAUCAGGCUACGGGCGACUGGAUGUUUACCCAUAAGAUAAGAUCAGGCAGCACUUAGGUACCUGUACCUGUCAUCUUUUGUGUCUUAAAGCAUGGGAGAAAGCUCAAACGCCUUCAAUUAUUAUGUCUACUUUUCUGCUUUCGGUGGUGUUAUUAUCUAUUAGUAGGGAUAUCCGCCAUGUGUUGGCCAAAUACUCGGGAUUGGUAGAAAUUAACUUGGAAACCAGGGUGAUGAAUUUAUCUUGCUGGGCACAUUGUGACAUUAUUGUAACCGUAGCAAAAUCUACUACUUUGGUUAAACCAAUCAGGUCAAUAAUAAAUUACAAAAAACAUGACCGCACUGUAACUUCAGUUUGGACUGUACGCCCUCUAUGGCCAGCUUCACUAAUUAAUUAUACAAGAUUAUUGAACGCAUCCGAAUAUUACGGCCGCGUUCACCAAUUUUUCACGGUUUGUAUUUGUAACGUUUUCUAACCUUAAAUUUAGCUCCAUAGGGCCGCCCAGGUUAUAUUAUUCAUGCGAGUUUGUGUUAAAUUAUUACAAAAAUGAACGAAGAUUCCAAAACGGAAGAUUUGUGGACGCCCUAUAAGAACUUAUACCUAACGCUUAACCAUUAUUUAUGUGAGGAUGGGCCUAAUGUUAAGCAGGCGGUGUUCGAAAAUUUGCUCCGGAAGCACAAGCAAGCCUUCUUUGCACUUCUACAAAAUCCACCCAAAAGCGCAAAGAGUCGAGAGGAACUCAAAAAAGGAGCCGAGAACGGGAUCGUCCUCAAAGAACUGGGCCACCAGGUGCUCUCCAAAGACUUAUACCAAGAAGCAAUAAUUCUCUCCGACAUGUACGAUCUAAACGAGUACGUCGCGCUAGACCUGCUAUGCACCGCCCACACUCAAAUGCCCUACUACUACGGCUUACCGAGAGGCCUAGUCGCCGUCUUAUUAUACUACGACGGCCGCAAAUGCGUGGCUUCCUCCUUGCGAUUGCUGGUUCAAGCGCGCAAGGGAGUCGCGUGGAGUUUUAACAUCGACUCGGAAUUGUCCGACUACAUCACGAGCUUUACAAACGAACUGCUGGAGAACGGACUUUUCAGUCGCAUAUUUGAGCUGCUGCACACUUUGAAUCUUACCAAAGAAAUUGAGAAGCUACAAGAGAACGUCGCGUUAGGAGGACCGCGACAUCGCAAGCAGGUUAUCGACUUAUUUAACGAUAUACGUUGCUGUUUGGCCGAGACCGUUUUUCUGUGGGUCGCUCAGUCCGGGUUGCCUCGUGAGCCUACGCUCAGUUUGAUUAACUACAUGCGACAGUUGAAGGUGGACGAAGAUGCUACGGGUAAUAUUGAUAAUGUGACUUUUUACCUGGUGAUGGCGCUGCUGUCGGUUAUGGAUGUGAGUGUCUUGUACCUACGGGAUGAUGGCGGGCAGGUUGUGCAAACGCUUCCGAUUAUGUCCGAUAAGGAGUACAUGCCGAUGCUGUGCGGGGAGCUGUCGCCUUCGAAGCCAAAGUGGGUCAGCGAAGGCCUGCAGUCGAUGGGUAUAUUCGGGUUGGCCGUAACGACUGCGUGCCUACGUUUUUAUCGAGACAGCACUGAUUCGCAGUUCGCCACCGAUAAGGAGUCGGCGCUGCUACAGGCCGCCAUUGAUAUGAAAAUCUUCGAGUUCAUGAAGAAUAAGUUUUUGAACAGCGUUACGCUGUAUACUGACGAAAUUUUGAUGAGGCGGUUUCAUUGCCUGUUAACCGACUUCAUUGUGCGGAUGUAUCCGAAAGUGAUAGAGUUGCGUCACAAAUCCGAUGAGGUGGCGCGCGUGAUGCAGGCCUACAUUCAGGAAGGUCUGGAGCCGCCCGGCCACCUGGCCAGAUACUUUGAAAAUUUCAUGGAUAUAAUUGCGAAGUUCUACAGUAAGGACCCACUGAAUUUGCAUUAUUCGUUAGACUUCUGGACUGGAGACGAUGCGCAAGUAUACCGCGCGUCACCGCGUUCCAUUUCCUUGAAUCGUUUUGUCCAGAUGGCGGGGGAGUCGAUUCCCUCGUCGCUCUUUGUGCCGUAUCUGGACAUGCUGAGUAGCUUAGCGGGUUAUCAACAGUCGGCCAGGCACUGUUUUAAUUUGUUAAAACAAUCGAGUGGGAGUCGAGGUGCUACCGUCUCCUGGGACCACUUCUUUAUGUCUUUCAAUCAGUACUACAAUAACUUGAGGCACGAGAUUGGACCAACGACCGACACAAUGUAUCGACGUGCCGUGCAUCACAAAGGCAUUACUCCUCAGGAAAUCAAAGGGCUGCACGCCGUGCUUCAUUUGAUUCGUACAAUCGCCGAUUACGAUGAUUUCUCACGACUAGCAUUAUGCGAGCACCCAGGCUGGACACCUUUAACUAUUCUCUUAGGGCUGGUGGGGUGUGCGAUUCCGAUCACAAUUAAAGCUGAUUUGCUACUAACGCUCGCGGCCUUAUCAAAGUCACCAGAAACGGCCGCGCAGACGUGGCACAACCUGGAGGUCUCACAGCUGUUGGUAACAAUUCCGACCACAUCCAGUUACCAACCACGUGGUCUUCAAACCGAAUUAGAUGAAAUUGAGUCACGAAUGGAAGAGUACCCGCUCACUAACGCCGUUUUGAAGUUGCUUGACGUAUUGACAGAUUCUGGCAUUCCACGUACCUUGGGGGCGGGGCCUCGCAAGCCCGGAUUCGACCCAUACCUAACAUUUAUAGUGAACUCGGUAUUCUUAAAAUUUAACGCUCGAUCGUAUAAAAACGCAGAGGAGAAGUGGAUGAUAACCUCAGCGUGCCUGAAGCUGCUCAACAAAUUUUUGGUCGAGUAUCAACCGCAGGCCGUCGAUUUUUCAAAAACCAAAGAGUUCAACUCGCCUCCCGGAUAUCACCUGAUGCUGUCGCUGAAUUCAAAAUCGGAAUUCUUGAAUGUGGUGCUGCUGAUCAUCGAAGAGUGCUUGAAAAUGUUUUUGCAGUGUGCCAGAUUCCCCGGGCAAAGCUACGUCGAGGAUUGUGCCGUGUGUUGUCUGAACAUCUUAGAACGCGCGCUUGUGUUGCAGCGAACAUUCUCGAAGCUCGCGACCGAUGUCCUUCUGAUACCUCUCAACAAGCUCUUGCUCAUCCCGAAUCCGCGCACCGGACAACCCGACCAUUGUCUAAACAUUUCAAAGUACAUGGGCCUUCAAUAUUUACUACCCCAGCAUGCGUUGGUCGCCGCUAAAAUUCUCAUGCAAAUUACCGCUUCGCCAUCUUUGCACGCGCAAUAUUUAAAUAUUCUGUUGGCCAAUGAAAAGGAGAGUAGACUCAUACGAAGCGGAUUUGUCGAGUGCUUAGAUGCAGUGAUCAACAAAGACGAAGUGGAGAUCUUAUCCUCGAUUAAAGAGCAAAUAUUUAGGCUGCUAAGGCAGUGCUUAUCUUACGGGGCGCCCAAUUUGACCCACUUCUUAUUAGGGUUCGACUUUACGCACGACUUGUCGUUGACAAUCUUCCAAAAACCAGGCGUCUUGGACUUUCCGCGCACGUGUCUACACUCGAUCUUCACCAUUUUGAAAAGUGCAGUCUCGAAAGAUCUACAAACAAUGCCACCCUCGCUACUGGAAACGACCUACCACAUACUGUACUUAUUGUGCGCGAAUUACAAGACCUCACUACCGAUUUUGCGAUAUCUUCGCGGGGAUCAAAAAUUCUUCGAAGAUCACCUAACCUUUUGCGUGCUGAAGGCGAAUGAGGGCACCAAGCAACUCAAUCAAUUGUCUUGGCUACUAAAAACGCUGGCAAUCGAGUUGAAAGUCUCCUGCGAUGGCACGCAAGUAUUCUACGUGAAGCAGCUAUGCAAUAUGCUGGUGAAAACCCCAGAAUUCGUACGAAGUAGUCCACAAAGCGCAUUCUCGGUGGCGAGCUUUGACAAACUGCUAGUAACACUCUUCAAUAAGUUUGACUUGGAAGUAACCGAGAUCGAGACACCUAAAUGGGAUCAUUUUGAGUAUGCCUCGUUGGAGAACGUGAUCAAAAGUUGCGAGACUGACACGAAACCGAAGAUGAUCGACAUCAAGAAGCUCCAUCACACUCUAAUUGACGAAAUUGGGUCGUUACACGCACAAACUGCUGUUGGGCACAAGCAGGCGCUCAUGCAAGAAGUCCAGAAGGUUCUCUUACACGCUUUGAGCAUCAACAACAAUCGCAACUCGAAGGAUGCCAUCUUCAAAUUCAUCGACGCCUGGCGGCAGGUCGUUGAAGUAAUCGCGAUUUAUGUACCCUACCAGAUCUUGUCAAUGGACGAGCAACAAGCUCUCUGUCUCACCGUGCUCGUUGCUAUAUGUAAGAAGACCGCUCGCAUCAGCUUACUUCCUGAAAUCGCCUACCACUUGUCCAGCGUUGUCCUGGUUCUUCUGGAGAAGCUGUACCAGUGCCACGAAAGGCAGAAGGACAAAGAAGAGGAGACGUUUAUCAAAGCCAAUGUCCACCAGGAAAGUCUAAAAUUGGUGCUGACCUACCUGAUCGAGUGGUUGAUUAGCACCGAAAGCACAUUUCAAAAUUUGAAGAUUAAUCUCUACGCGUCCCUGACGACGUUCUUCCGGUUCGUACACUUCAGUGAGCCGGCUAAGCAUUCCCAAAUCGACGGGAGCUUCUAUGUAAGUCGACUCGACAGCUCGAAAACGGAAGCAAUGGACGAUCGGCAUACUUUGCUCAUUCCCGCCCAAGUUUUCACGGGGUUCGGCGACAAGCUCAUCGAGCUCAUUUGCAAUGACUGCGUCAGUGGGCGAGAUGUCGUGAGGAUGCUUGCAAUGUCGACAUUGAGCCUUCUCAUAAGCAUGAGCGGGGAUAUCAACUGGUUGAUGUACAUGACCCAACGAGGAUAUCUGAAGCACAUCAUCGAAAGUGUACUGAAUAGCGACAAGGAGCUCAAAUUGAUGCUAGAACCGGAACCGCCCAGCUUACGCCCUCAGUUCGUUUUCAUAUCAAAGAUGUCGCUACUGUCUCAGUACGCCAGUACCAAAAUUGGUGCAGAGCUUCUAUUGGAAGAGCGCAUGCUGUCCUGCCUGAGCAACAUGAACGUAUUCCAAGCUCAUCCGGAAAUUCUCAAACAAUCGCAGCUCCCUCCGGAUGGCUUGGAAAACUUUUUACCGUCGAUCGAAACUCGUUACGUGCAAAUCUUCACGCCAACCCUCCACUUGUGCAACACAAUUAUUACUAGUGUCAGUUCGGAAAACCGAUCGGCGGUCUCCCAGAUUAUCUACUUUCUUCUUAGUCAUCUGGACGUGGUCGAAUUCGUGCUGAGAUCCGGCAGUCCGCUAUUAACGCAAAACUUCUUAGAGGAGCUGUCGGCGCUUACGUCGAUCAUCGCGCGAACCGCCAAGUCUGACUUGUCGUACAUCUAUAAGACGACUGAAGGAGUACAAGACAACCGCUCGCGCCUGUACCGAAUACAAAAGCUGAUGCUCGCACUGUUACCGAGGUUUCUGCUCACGCAAGAUGUCAUACGCGAUUUGUUACUCUCCAACGCAAUCACCUUCCAAACAUCUCCGCGCUUAAUACUCGUCUUUCAAAUCCUAGCGAAUAUAAUGACGUACGUGCGCAACAUCACCAACGGCGACACCGACAGCGCAAACGUAACCGUCUUCCACCCGUCCUUGGGCGACAUCUUUAUCGGGUUAACCUCGAAGACGACAUCCGACAGAACGACGCUAGGAGUGGUCGUGCAGCAUCUGGUGACCAUCGUGAAUUAUUGGCACGAGGAGAACGUGACGUUAAAAUUUCUGAUACGCAAGAGCAACGAUAUUCCGACGAUGACCACCGUCGAGCUGAAGAAGUUUAUGAACCUCACGGAAAUACAGAACAUCGAAGCGGUAAGGGAGAACGCCGCCGAUAUUAUCGCGGAUAAGCUCAAGAAGAAGAGGCAAGAGUUCGAUUAUUGCGCAUUUCUGAUCGAUAAUUUGUUGUAUAUCUUAUGGUUGCACUUGGAUUAUUAUAUGCUGCGUGCGAUUCCCAAAAUGCGACAUGGCGAACUUCCCGAUUUGAGCGGAAGUCUUAAUUUAAAUGUAACUUUAGCAUCUGCAUCAGAAGCGACUUGGAAGGUUUCGACUGAUGAUUUAAGUAAUUUGAAACGUGGAUUAGUAUCCGUCUUCAAUGAUAGUUUUAGUAGGCAAUUAAUAGAAACGACCGAGGGCCGCUCAGAGGUCAACAUACAUUUCGUGGAAAUUUUACUAAGGAAAAUAAAACGCUUAAUACAGUUUGUACCAGUUAAAUGAUCUUUAUUUUUCGUGUUUUUUACAACCGUUUGUACUGCAAUAAAAUCUAUUCAGUCAUA